UGAUGGUGGUGGAGCUCACUUUGAUCAUUUGUCUACAGUGCGAAUACUGGAUACGACAGCCGUUCGCAGCUGAGCAGGAGGGUUCCGACCCGAAACACCACCCAUCCUUUUACUCCGGAGUUGCUGCCUGACCCGCUGAGUUACUCCAGCACUGACUUUGUGUCUGCCCUUUGUAGCUGGAAGACGCGGCGAGGAGCUGAGCGGCAAGAAGAGAAUGGAUCAAUUUGUAUAUGUAAUGCAGCUAAAACAUCUUGGAAAUGAGGCGUUUAAACAACAGAAUUAUCACGAUGCGAUCCAAAGGUAUGAUGACGCUCUACGAAUUCUUCAGGUUUGCCAACCAGCUGGAAGGGAGUUAGCUGUACUCUUCUGCAACAGAUCAAAUGCCUUUUAUAACCUAGAAAUGUGGGACGAUGCUUUUGUGUCUGCACACUAUGCUACUGCUAUGGACAAUACUUAUAUCAAGGGCUACUAUUGGGCUGGAAGUGCUUCAUUGAAGAGGCACGAUAACACGCUGGCUUCUCAGUUCUUCUAUGAAGGGUUAAAUAUAUUGGAUGGAGAUCGAGAGAAGUCUCAAUAUCAGAUUGCAGAUUUCAUUGUGGGAAUCCUAACAGCUAACGGGGCUGAUGCCAACAGCGAUGCGAUAUUUAAAUGGAAAAAAUACAAUUUGCUAAUUUGGCAAACGGUCAUCGAUAAAGCGGCAAAAAAAUACUUGUGGGAGUCUCUAUAUUUUUUACUUUGCGAAUAUCGGUGUAUCCCUGGAAACAACUACCGUGCCUCUGGAAUCCCACUUAAGAACCUAUUUGAGCGUAUCCCUCCUGGGAUUGAACCAAUGCAUGACUAUAAAUGGAUAACAAAACUUUUGCGUGCCUUAGUGACUCAUGGUGUAAACCUCGAGACUAUUGGACCAUUUCCACUUCAUUCCAUCCUCAAACUUGCUAUAAGGACCAAUGAUAAAAAACUUCUUAAGUGGAUUUUUGAAAAGAAACCAUCUCUGCAGGACAAAAUUAACCAUUGGGAUGAAGAUGGCCAGUUGCUUUUGCAUAUAGUGGCAUCCUGGAACACAACGGCAAAUGGAUACGAUCGCCGUUGUCAGACUGAAGAUGUACGUUUUCUUCUACAAUCAGGAGCUGAUCCCAGUAUUUCCAAUCGAUUAAACAAGUUUCCUGCGGACUACCUGAAGAAAAAUAAGAACUUUACAGCAGUGGAUUCUAUCAGUCAGCAUUGUAAAUCCUCAUCACCAAACCCAGCGUUCGAAGAAGCAGCAAACCAGAUGAAGGGGAGCAAAUCUGUUUCUCCAGCGACUACUUUUGAGGAGGCUUGUACACAGCUUGUACAGUUUUGCGACACACUUGACAAAGACAAGCCAUGCAAAGACUUGUUAGCCCAAACACCAGUCCAGAUAUUUCUACAGCAGCUCUCUGCCCAGACAGCAGAGAUUAGCACAGCCACUAUAAGUAACAUUGACCAGAAAUUUGCAAAUAACUUGAUCAAGCAACUGAUUCACAAAUGUCGAUGGGAUGAAGCUUUGCUCCUACUGUCUGGGGAAUCUGAUGAAAAGCAAGGCAAGGAAGGUGUUUUGAAAUUUGACUUCUCAGAUUUGGAUCUUUGCACUGUUGCAUGCAACCUUGACCAACAUGACAACAACGAGUGGCUUCUGCAGAGGUUAAUACAUUACGGAGCUUCACCAUGUGGAAUCGGUACAAAGAAAUCUCCAAUACAGAUUUCAUUGAACAAAGAUGAUUUUAAGCUUGUACAUUUCUUGCUAAAGAAUGGGGCGAAUCCAUGUGAUAUUACAAUGAUGCCAGGCGACACCCCACUUCAUGCUGCCGUCUACAUUGUUCUGGACAAAAAGGAUGAAUUUGGCUUGCACAUAUUGAAAUAUCUGUUAGAAAAGUACAGCUCUGACGACACCAGCUCUCCGUACUUUAAUACCAGCUCCCAGGACCAGGAUGGAAACACAGUGCUGCAUAUCAUAUUCCAGAAGCCCUUUUCAAAGAAUCAUGAAGAAAUAAUGGAUCUGAUAACCAAGUUUGAAAUUAAUGAUAGGGUGAAAAACAAGGAAGGGAAACAAUUUUCGUACAAAAUAAAAAAAGAUGACCCACGGUUCAUCCUGUGGAAUAAAGUGAAAUUACGCAACCGAAGGAAGAGAGAGCAAAUUGACCAGAGCCAGAAGGCACGGACUUCAAAGGGCGUGAAAAAUGUAAUGAAUCGAAAGUGGCCCACUCAGCAGACAAUGGAGAUGUCAAAUGUUCCACUUUCAAAAAUGUAUAAUCUUAAUGAUUCCAAUCCGCCAGCAGAAUUAGCAGGACACGAAAUCCUUAUGAACGAAAUUGAAAUACUGAUUCAAAAACUCAAUGUAAUUGAGGCUCCAACUGAAGAAAAUCCUUUAAACAUGACUCUACCUGACAGCCAGCUCAAUAACUCAACUCCGCCUUUACAGGCAAAGUCUGAAGUUCUCCAAACAAAUGGUUUUCAAACUACUGAUCGUGUUGAAGCAGCAAUGUUGAAUGGGACAGGCGAUGGCAUGCAGCAAAACAGGAUUCCUGACGAAGUGACCAAUAUACAGGACCUGGACUUUGACAACAUGACAUGGGAGAUUGAAUGUACGCCAGAGGUACUAAAGAAGCUUGGUUCCAAGGAUGUGCCUCAGCAAAUGAAAGCCAAAAUUAUCACGGUGAUCCAGCAACUUGGCAAUGGAGAAUGGACUCAAAGUCUCCAGAAACUACUCAAGCACCUGAAAAGCCCAAUCAAACUUUAUGAAGCCAAACUUGACAAAGGAGCAAGAAUGCUGUGGGAACUGGCAGUGGAUUUUUCACCCCGUUGUAGUGAAAAGCCGGAGAAGAUCUUUGAAUCUGAGUUUUCUUCGCAUUCUCAGGAGAGAGUCACAGGAAGGAUAUAUAGCGAGAUCAUUCGCAUCUGGGAUAUUAUCCUGGACCACAAUAAACUUGAUCGAGCUUUGAUUGCAAUUGACAGUUCCUACAACCGUGGAGCAUCCUGCAGCCUGCGGAAGAAGCUCAAAGGGAUAAGCAAGGCUGUAUUUUCCUCCAAUUUAAAUGCCCAAAAGAGGAUCCCAUUGAUUUUUGUAGAAUAUGUCAACUGGAAGGAACUGAAAGAAAAGCUGCCUGAAUACUUCCCACCUGCUAGUUCAGUGGAGACAGAAUACAAUAUAAUGAAGUUCCACAGCUUUAGCACCAAUAUGGCUCUGAAUAUCAUUACUAAUCUUGAGUCUCGAGUUGAAUAUCCUUUCAGAGUGGGAGAGUUGGAGUAUGCAAUAAUAGAUCUUGACCCCAAGCCAUUGGAAGCAAUCAUUCUCAUUGGCCGAAGUGGAACGGGAAAGACCACUUGCUGUCUGUACAGACUUUGGAAAAGCUUCCAGCUCUACUGGAAGAAAGCAGAAGAGGUUGGGUGCCCCCUGUUGGUGCGGCAAAUUUGGCAUAAAACUAAAUCUAUGGUUGGCGAUGAAAAGGAAGCAGCAGUGAUUGAGGGGACAGACCAAUCUGAUUGUGUCAAGAGGGAAGAAUGUAUUCACUGUCAGGAUCAAAGUGGCAAUUUGGAUCUGAAUGGACCAGCAGCUAGUAUUUGUGACGAUGAAUCGACGUACGAUCAUGAAGAUAGGCCGGAAAAUUCAACUGGCACUGACAGACUCGAGCACUUGCAUCAAAUCUUUAUCACCAAGAAUCAUGUAUUAUGCCAGGAAGUCUUGAAAAACUUUAUUGAGCUUACCAAAUCCACCAAAGCAACAAAGUACUUCAAACCUCCUAGCCCUAUGUUUUAUAGACUUCAGGAUGUUAAAGAUGAGAAUUUCCCCCUUUUCUUGACUUCCAAACAAUUAUUGUUAAUGAUUGACGCAUCCUUGCCAGAACCAUUCUUCGCUCGGAAUGAGGAUGGAAGUUUAAAAAGAAACAUUGUAGGUUGGUCGGUUCAAGAAGAAAUGACAAUACCAGAUUUGCGCGAUGAGGAUGAGGAAGAGGAGUAUGAAGGAGAUUUUCUCGAUGAUGAACAAUUGGUUGCAGAGGAACCAAGCAAAGAAUUUGAUCCUCGUAUCUUUAUUACUUAUGAAGUAUUUGCACAUGAUAUUUGGCCCAAAAUGGUCAAAGGCAAACCUCAGUUUAAUCCAGCUUUGGUAUGGAAGGAGAUCAAGUCCUUUUUAAAAGGUUCUGUUGAAGCUUUAACUAGCCCUCAAGGCUGUCUCACAGAAGAACUGUACAUCAAACUGGGGAAGAAAAGAGCACCAAACUUCCAUGAAGAUAGAACAGAAAUCUAUGCCUUCUUUCACAUGUACCAGCAGAUCAAAUCGCAGUGGAGAUACUUUGAUGAGGAAGAUUUGCUGUUCAGCCUCACCCAGCGACUGGCCAAAUUAGAUGAAAUUCCAUGGUCUAUUCACGAACUGUAUGGGGAUGAAAUCCAGGAUUUUACACAAGCUGAGCUUGCCACCCUCAUGAAGUGCAUCAAUGAUCCAAAUGCCAUGUUCCUUACUGGUGAUACCGCUCAGAGCAUAAUGAAGGGUGUAGCAUUCCGCUUUAGUGACCUUCGCUCACUGUUUUACUAUGCCCGUGAUUCCAGUCAAGGUGAAAAGAAGCAACAUAUUGUUAGAGUGCCGAGCAGAAUAUAUCAGCUACACCAGAACUACCGAUCACAUUCAGGAAUUUUGAAUUUGGCUUCGAGUGUAGUGGAUCUGCUCCAACAGUAUUUUCCUGAAUCCUUCGAUCGCUUGCCGAGAGACACGAGCCUCUUUGAUGGGCCAAAGCCAUCACUCCUGGAGUCCUGCAGUGUCAGUGAUUUGGCUAUAUUGCUUCGAGGAAAUAAGCGGAAAUCCCAGCCAAUAGAAUUUGGUGCUCAUCAGGUUAUUUUGGUUGUGAAUGAAACAGCCAAGGACACAAUCCCAGAAGAGCUUAGUCUUGCCCUUGUCCUGACUAUAUAUGAAGCCAAAGGUUUGGAAUUUGACGAUGUCCUCCUCUAUAAUUUCUUCACUGAUUCUGAGGCUGAUAAGGAAUGGCGGGUCAUCUCUUCCUUUCAACCAUCACUUCAGUUGACAGACAACCAGAAAGUAUUGUUGGAGCAACCGCUGGAUGACAUUAUUCCUCAAAUCAGGCCCCUUGAGUUCAAUUCAGAGCGGCACAAGUUGCUGAAUUGUGAAUUGAAGCAGUUGUAUACAGCCUUCACAAGAGCAAGAGUGAACCUGUGGGUUUUCGAUGAAAACAAGGGGAAGCGUGCUCCAGCCUUUGAAUAUUUCAUCAAAAGACAAUUUGUGAAUGUUGUCAAAACUAAUGAAAACAAAGAGCUUGAUGACAGCAUGUUUGUAAAAGCUUCGACAAAUCAAGAAUGGGCAGAAAGGGGCGAUUAUUUUGCGAAACAUCAGUGUUGGAAGGUUGCAGUCAAAUGUUACCAGAAGGGUGGCGAGAUGGAGAAAGAGAAACUGGCACAAGCUCACGAUGCUGUUCUCAACAUACAGGUCAAGAAAAAAAACUUAAAGGAAAUUCAGUUGGAAUACCUCCAACUGGCGAAGACUUACCUAGAAUGCAAGGUUCCAAAACUCUCGCUGAAGUGUUUGAGAAAUGCAAAGGAGUACAAACUUUGUGCACAACUGCUUGAAAAAUUAGGAAAGGUGGGAGAAGCAGCUGGGUUAUACAGAAGAGCUCAGUGUUACAAACAAUCUAUGAGGUGCUAUGAGCAACUGGGCCAGUUUAAAUUGGCUCUCAAAAUGCUGUGUUGCGGUGAAUUGUAUGAAGAAGCUGCAUGGGCUUUAUCGAGGUAUGAAGUGAUACUUCAUGAAAAGAAGGAGCCACAGAUGAAACUUCCGUACUCAGUGGACCAGUUCCGUUUGGAAGCUGCUGCAAAAUAUCUGAGGGAGAACAAACUUGCUGAAAUGAUAGAGGCCCUGUCUCUGCUAGACCUCGAAGACCAGCUGGCAUUCCUGAAGUCAAACAAGCGCUUACCUCAAGCAGCGGAACUUUUGAAAAGCCGGGGCCGGGCGGAGGAAGCUGCCAUCUUGAUGCGGGAGCAUGGCAAGCUCCAGGAAGCUGCAAGGCUUUCAAAUAAGAAGGAAUUUCAAGCCGAGUGUCUUGUUGCUGCAGCCCGAGUUGCACUACUGAAACAAAGAAAAGAAGAAAUAAGUACAAUGGAUAAACAAAGUAUCCAAGAAAUGCUGGAUGAAGCCACUGCUCUCUUGAAGAUCAAAAAAGAGCUGUCCUCUCAGUUUGGAGAAGCAAUGCUACUGAACGGGCUUCUAAAUGAAGAUGCCCUUCUGAUUGGAAAAGCUCUUGACAUCUUUGUUUAUGAAAACAAUGCGGCUGGAGCCAUGGAGAGUCUCUUUUAUUUAAUACAGAAAGAUCAUACGGCUUCUUCAUGCUUUGAACAAACGUUGACUUGUCUGGAGCUACUGGUAACGUUAAAGAAAGCCCUUGACAAUCCGCAAAACAAUGCUGAGAAAGAGAUGGUCAAAGCCUGCUAUGCAUUUUUUGGAAUUGUACCAGUCGAUGCCAAAUAUUGCAGAGUCCCACUACAUGAAGGGGUUUGGUUCUUUCAGAUAGAUUUUGACUCUUCAAAACUGGACAAGCAAGACGGCUUUUACCAGUGUGAAAUGAAAAAGACGAAAAUCUUGUUGCAGAAGCAUCUAUUGCUUCGUCUUUGUGACUUUGCAGAACAAAUUAAGUCAGCGGGACUGAAAGUUCCAGAUAUUUGUCCAAAGUUUAUCUGUGGCUUGCCCUGCACGGAUCAAUCCUGUCAGGAUUAUCACAAGACUUUGAAAAGGCAUGAAGCAAAAAGUUCCCUUGAAGCUAAGAUCUAUCUGACUGUUCUGAAUGGAAUCCUGCUGGAAGCUAAACAUUUCUGGCCCAGUAAUGAUUUUCCAGAGGUUGAGAAAAUUGACGAUAUUCUAACUGGAAACCAAUAUGCUUUAUGCAUUUCUAUGCUGAAUGCAUUUUACCCAAAGCAUUUCCAUCGCAGUAUCAUCUCUACAAAUCCCGCUGCUUGCUGGGAGGUCUUGGGACUCGUGAAAAAAAUUAAAUAUCAAAGUUUCAGAUCUGUACUGAGGGAGUACUUGGAUUAUUGUUUUAAAUGCGCUUCAGUUAAGAAGCGACGAGAGUCAACAGAUUUGUGGUUUCAGGCGCAACAAGUGUAUCUUCUAACAUCCGACUAUCUCAAGAUUGAUGAUCUCCUCUCUAAAGAAGAGCAAGCAUAUGACUCUGAACGAAGGAAAAGUGACAAGGUCAUGGACGUUCAAGACAAGAAGAUGAAGCCAAGAACCCCAAAUGGCAGGCUUGGGAUGUUGCCAACCAAAACAUUGCAUUUAUGCAUUUUCAGACUGCUGAUAAUAUCUAUGAAGACUUUCUUUGAAUCCUCAGACCCAGAGAGGUGUAUUCACAACUUUUACCGUUUCAUGAAUGUGCUCGUUAAAAGAUGUGUGGAUCCUCUCAUCCCCAGUAUCCCCAACACUAUCAUGGUGCUUGAAUUACAAUUUGUCUUGUGUUGUUCUGUCCUUAUGCAUCUUGCACAGAAUGUCGUCGUCUACCUUCCAAGGAGCUUCAUAGCUCUACUUCAUUACUGGAACUUCAUGUUCAAAGGACAGUUCAAACUUACAAAACCCAAAAAUUCCUUUAGCAUUAUAAAUGAGUACAAACCAAAGGAUGUGCCCAAGGCAAUUCACAAAAUUAAACAACAUUUGUCCUUCCUAGCCCGUGUCUUGUGUGGUGAGGAGAAUAAAAACUUCAAUGUGCUCCUGGAUGCUUUCAGCCAUGCAGAUUACUACUCUUCAGGAGAGGCAGAGAGGACACUGGUUCUUUGCCUGGUCAUGUUGAUAAACACACCACAAGUUCUCGAACCAUGGGCAGUGGAGAUGAUCAUGUGUAGCUUGAGGAAGGUGGAAAAGCUGCAGAUAAAAGUCUCCCAAGACCAUGAGUCAAAGGUUCCGGCAAGAUUACGAGAACUUCUUGAAAAAGUUAAUGGAGCACAAACUGUUGGGGACAUAGCCAGCAAUCUGCAGGAACUGCUGAGUAAAAGAGAUGAUGAGAAUUUGCAUGAAUGCGUUUGGAAAUGGGAUCAUUAUUCAGGCCCUGGAUAUGUACGAGGUAUUUAUUUCCGGAACCUUCACAUUGAAAAAUUUACUGAUGAAUGUCAAACAAAAAUUGAUGAGAUUGUAUUCUUUCAAGAAAAAGAUGUUGCUGCAGAUGUUACCGAGGAUCUUGAAGAGAAGGAUGACUGUCUCCAGGUCAUGGCUUCUCAAUUGCAGAAAGCCAUAGUGAGAAAGAAAUGGCAACGUUUGCUGCAUGUAAUCGCUGUGUGCAGAUACUUACCAAUGCUGCUGACGCAAGCAGUUUCAUUUACAGCCCAACAAAUGGAAGAGGUUCCCAGUAACUUCAAAGAAGCACAAGUGGACGAGACACAGUGUGACAUUUGUGGAGUCAAGUUUACCAGAACUGCUGGAAGUUACGACAGCCGCGAGCAGGAAUGUGAAGAAUCCAUCGACCAGUCUUCAGAAAAUUGGGAAGUGAAUAAAGAUGAAGAACGUGGUGAAGAUUUGUGUUCGCAUGAAUAUUUUCAAAACCACAUCGGGCUUGAAGAACACAAACGGAAAGAGGAUGUAUAUAAAGCUUACUUAGCUUACUUCAGAAGAUCUGUGGAGGCAAUCAUGAGCAAAGGCAGAAAUGUGCUCAAUACUCUUGAGGACAUGGGAACACAGCACUUAACAUACAAAGAGCUAUCAAAAGUGAAGUAUGGAAAACUGAAGAGCAGUAUGGAUGCAAUUGUAGAUUCAAUAGACACUAUCUACGACCAAAAGAUCUGGAUCAAAGGUGAGGAAAUAUUAACACCAAAAGUUGAAGACCUUCAGAAAAUUGUAGAUAGCACCGAUCUCUGGCGGAAACAAUCCAGCAACCUGAAUGAUUAUGGACUUGAAGUUAACCAGAGUACACCUGAUUUUGAAGGCGAAGAAGAUGGUCAUGAAAAUUUUGAUGAACUAUGCUCCAAGAAGAAAAAGAAAUCCUCAAAGAGAAGGAAGCGCUAAUUUGGAGCCAAUUUUGUAUGGUGGGAUUUAGUGUUUGUGGUGUCAAAUUUUUGUACUUAUUCACCUUGCACCUGCAAUGUCCUUUGCUCCUUCUGUAUGUUCUUGGAUAUUUGGUAGGAAUCUUUUUUCACUUUUUACCAAUUUAGCAGAGAUUGAAUUGUGCAAAAAGGCCAUGUUUUUGUACCUGGUCGCCAAGGUUGUAUGUUUAGUUUGCAAUUUUCUUUACAAAAUAAUUUUUUUAUCACUUGUCAAUUUUUCUGUCCUUUGAAUUCUGACGUACAAUUGAUAUAUCCUUAAAAAACAGAUAUUUUCGUAUCAAUGUAUAAUUCCCAUCCUUGAAAUGUUAUAGAAGAAGGAAGCAUUGAUAGUAUUAGUGCAAGAAUGCAUGAUCCCACUGAAGCCAUCUAUUCUAAGAUGUAAUCAAAAUCUUCUCUCAGCAAUCUGCUGAACUCUCCUAACUUGGUCAUUUCCCUUUAUCACUCAGCUCUAGGGCCUCAUAAUGGGAGAGAACACAGUUAAUAUUCUAAAUGUGUUUGAAGGCUUUUAUUUCUUGAUAUCGCAGUUAAAAUAGACUGUUGUAUAUUACAUUUGACAUCAUUUUUUUGGAAAUGUAUACGAAACUUCAAAGAUGAAAACUUUGUAAAUUUAUCACUGAAGCAUGUUUAAUAGUUUUAAAUGUCUUUCCAUAAAAUUGGAAAAAAAUAUUUGUACAUAGAUCAUUUGGACCAAAUUGCUUUAAAAAAAUCAAUUUUAGCCUACGAUUACCAAAAUAUUGAGGUAGGUCUACGAUAGACAAUGACUUAAAUCAUUCAAUUGGUGAGGAAGGUGGAGGUUGGGAAAAUGGUUUGUAUGAGUCUGUUCAAAUAACACAGCGUAAGGAGAUUUUCCCAAGGUCUGGAGUUACAAUAAUAUUGUUUAAAUUAGGCAAUAGAACUGUUUAUGUUGUAAGAAUCUAGAGAGAUUUCAAGAAAAAUAUGGGUAGAUUAUGUGGCUUUGAGGUUGAAAUAAACAUUUUAUAUUUUAAUAUUUUUCCCCAGCAAAUAGUGUGUGUGUGUGUGUGGGGGAUGAUGUUUCACCAGCAGAUUAAACAGUUGUGUAAUCUUUAUUUUUAUUGAGGAGAGUUUUUCAAUACAGUUUGUAGUAAUUGCUCCAAAGAUUAUUUUUUUUUAAAUCUGCAAAAAUGUAGAACUGAAGUAAAACAUUUUCGACAAUGUAUAAUUUUAUUUCACAGUUUGCAUUAAUGUCCACUCAAUUAAAAAAAAAUCUUAAACAAUGGGAA